CUGCACAGUUUCCCUUGAUAAAGUGUUAAAUAUAAGAAUGACUUCCUCAGAAGUUCCCUCCUUCCUCUCCCACGUGCUCUUUCCAUUUGCCCCUCCUUUUGUCAAGUAACAACAGGCAAACUUUACAAGUCCACACCCCUGCACAGCCACACUUGUGCACAUGCUUUACAGCGCCGGGAUCAGUAGCUUGGGUGUGAACUGUGACGACACUGGAAUCAUUUUUCAGGUGACAGAAUUUUUUUUUUCUUCUCCUUGUUUCUGUCAGAGGAUCUGGACGGCCACCAUGGGAAUGACACUGAGGGACCCGAGCUGCAUCCCUGAACUGGUUCGAUGUUUGGGAUGUGAAAACACACUGCUCUGCUGGUUGCAAGAUUAAUAAGGAGUGGCUGCAUAGUUUCUCAACAUUUGGAGCAUCAGAAGUAGGAAGCCGCUGCCAUGGACCUGACUCUGUGGCAGUACCAGUUCAGGAUCAUCAUGCUGGGGGAUUCCACUGUGGGCAAGUCCUCCCUGCUCAAGCGUUACACUGAAGACCUGUUCCUGGAGUCCAUCAACCAGACAGUAGGCGUGGACUUCUACGUUCACUUCCUGGAGGUGGAGCCGGGGAUUCGAGUCAAGCUGCAGUUCUGGGACACAGCUGGACAGGAGCGAUUCAGGUCGGUGACCCGCUCCUAUUACCGCAACUCCGUCGGAGGGAUGCUGGUGUUCGACAUGACCAACCGGGACUCCUUCAACCACGUCAAGGAAUGGCACGACGAGGUGUGCGAGCGGGUGCAGCCGUUCAAGGUCCUCUUCAUCCUGGUGGGUCAGAAAAGCGACAGGGACGCCCACAAGGAGAGGGCGGUGAGCCGGGAGGAGGCGGAGAAGCUGGCCGGCCAGCUGGGGAUGCCCUACGUGGAGGCGUCCGCCAAGACCGGGCAGAACGUGAGGGAGUGCUUCGAGCUGCUCGCCCGGCGGAUCUACCAGGGCCUGCUGAGCGGCGAGGUGGAGCUGCAGGAGGGCUGGGACGGGGUGAAGUGCACCGCCCCGCUGGCGCUGCAGCAGCAGAGAGCCAGCGUGUCUCAGCCCAGCGCGGCGCCCAGGAACAGCAAGAAGUGCUGCGGUUAAGCUACAACUGAUGGGCCGCUCGUACAAACACAACUUUUGCACCUUUAAUAUUUUGUGGUGGAGGAGACUGAUGACCAUCAUGAAUCAAUCCAGAAAAGGGUUCGGAGAUAUUUUAUGUUUGACACUUGCGGCACAUUUCCCAUCCUUUGACUGAAAUGUCUUCUCUGCUGUUUGAUUGACUUUCCUUCGUCUGCCCGACGCUUGUUACGCUCGGAUUCCAGAGAAACUACCGAGGCUCUUCACAUUAUCUCGCAGCUUUAAGUGUUUCCUGCAGGUACACUCGUCAUGCUGUAGACUUUUAAUAGCCGAACCCACAGACUCCUGAAUGCGCGAGACGUAUCGGGCCGUUCCCUCUGCAGCGGGAGGCUGGACAGAGUAUCAGGCUAAUGCACUAAUGAGGCCAUAAUUUACCACAGCUCAGCGAGAGCAGUGAUGACAUCCAGUAGUUUGUGCUUUUAUUUAAUCAGUUUAAUUGCUGCUGAAAAUGUCUCCGUGUCGGGGCCACAUUUAAUCUAAAGCAGGGGAGACCAUCAUAUUUUCCUUGUUAUUGAUUUCUGCACGUCUGGACCCGGACACUGGAAAAGCGUUUCCUCAGUCUGAGCUGUUACCCACAAGAUAAAUUAGAGACGUCAGACGAUGGUUCAAAAUUCAAUAUUUUUUUGGAACUUGGCAUUUCCAUCUCUCUGGUCGCUGUACACAUCAAACCAAGGUCACAGCUUCAAGCUAAUGAUUACAAGCACACUGAAUAAUUUUGAGGGAAUGCAGGAAAAUGAUUUUGGGAACUACAGAAAAAAGUACUUUGCCCAACUUCUUCAGGACUCAUUUUAGAAAAGAGAAGAGAAAAAUCUGUACUUUUGGAUAUGUGGCAUCAGGAGAACAAAAAUAAUUUGAAUAUAUAAUAUAUAUAGCAUCUACAUAUCAUCACAGAACAGGUAUUCAGUACAACUUAGAUGUAAUAACGUCAAUAAUGUAGAAACUUGCCAAAAGUUUAAUAAGAUAACUGAGACAAUACCAGAACAUUGUGCCAAUAAUUUAAUACAUUCUUACAAUAUUAUUUAUUUUGUUAAUGAAAAUCUUUUGAAAUUGGAGCAACUGCAUCCAAUUAUGCACUUUUAACAUCUGGAUUUCUUGGAAAGGAAAGAUUUUCUGCAGUAUGGAUUACUGGUUUGCAUAGACUUCAAGCUAUGGUUGAAUUACUACAUUACGAGAAGGUUUUUUUUUUUUUUUUUUAUACCUUCCAUUGCUUUUAAACUGGAAAGAAUGAUUACAUUAUGACAUUGCAAGUUGGCACACGCACCCUGAGGUGAAGGCGUUGGAGCUCGAGUUUAAUUCCUUAAGCCGCAGCCGCCCUGGGCAAACAGACCCGGCUGAAAUGUGAUGUUGACAUCUCUUCUGUUUUACUGUAGGUCAAAGCACUGUGAAAAAAACCUAUUUCUCCUCGGAGACAAUAAAGAUCAAACUUGUUGAUGGAGAUAAACAAUGAAACAUUCAGGACUUUUGAACCUGGGGAGCGGCCAUCUCUCUGCCUAGAGGUCAAGCAAUCAUAUUGUUGUACAGAAAUCAUAUUGCAUCACCGCCGGUAGUAGCUGUGUGUUCUAUAAAUGAUUGACUGUUUUCAGGUGCCGUUGCUAAAGGGAAUUCAUCUCCUGACAUUGUGCUUUGAUAAUGUUUUGAUUGGUUUCCAAGGCGUUUGCAGUUCAUCUGGCCGAUGGAGUCCGUGUGAACAAAAUGUAGACAAUUAAUUUUUCUGGAAGAUGAUGAAUCCAUCGCUGUUUCUAAGCAUCAGUCCGUGCCCUUGCUUCAUUGCAAGUGAAUUGAUUACAUUCAUAGAAUUACAGUUUUCGGUGUCAUGGUGUAUUGUACACUGUAAAUACACAGCAGCGUUUCCAUCAGAACAGUGAGGAACAGUUUAUCCUCACAAAGAAUUUACCACUUUCAAAAAAAUCCCUUGACUUGUUUAACUCUGGCAACAAAUAUCCCAUAGUCUAAACCUCGAUACUGUUUGAACCCAUUUAUUUUUAAAAGCCAACAUCAUCUCCCAACCAAAUUAAGUCAAAUUGCCCAAGUGGCCAAUAAUAAUAUCAGACGUACAACCACGAUUAAAACAAGUGUCACUGUCAUAAAAAUCAUUAUGUAAGCAGUGAAAAUACAAAUCAACACACACAAACAACCAAAAAGGAAGAAGCAUUACGGUACUUACUGACCGUGAUGACCAGAAGGAAACUGAUUUUCUAAACUUUUCCUAAUUCAAUGUUUCCUCGAGGAUGCUUUGAGCAACGGGUUAAGGCUCUCUGAUGAGCGUAAACCAAUAACACCACUGCAGACUGUAUUUUUACAAUAUUUUCUUGUAUGGCCAGUUGAAAAUGCAUUCUUAAAGACUUGUUAAAAGUUUUUUUUUUUUUUUAAUUAACAGAAACAUUGACAUGUAAGUGUUUAAAAAAACAGGCUAAUAUCAGUGUGGUAGGGCCAUGAGUGUAACGAUGUGUUUUUUUUUUACCACACUUUAACACACUUCAGACCCAGCCAAAUAGCCUUUCUCUCUCUCUCUCUGCUCAUCUUACACUAUGACAUAAAUCAUUAAUGAGGGAUAAUGUACGCUCACAUCACAUCUAAGAAGUGUGAACUUUUUGUUUUGUGUUUGUUUUUAACCAAACCACCAUCAUUUACGAGCAAAUACAAAGUUACUGAUCAGCAGCCUCAGCAGGCGCCUCUCUUUCUCUUCUUGGAGAAAUAUUUGAAGAAGCUCAUCUGAAAAUGCAGGCAGCAGCUACGUCACGGGAUGUAGAUAUUAGCUUAAAUGGUACCUGGUCACAAAGAGAGAAUGAAAAUUUUUUAUUUUGGAAGUUUACAUUUCAGUUUACAUCAGUCUGCAUUGACUUUUAUUUUGAAAGCACUUCACUUCCGUCAGCGCUUCUUUCCUGCACUUAAUGUGAGAGAAAUGAACCAUUACACACAUUUUCAAAGUUAUUUCUGUUGUCAGUUCUAUCAAUGGAAUACCAUUUAUUGCCACAAAGGACAUUUUUCCAUCAUCAUCCAUGUUUAUUGAUUCUAAAAGGAGAAAGAACAUUUUUUUAAAUAAGUUUUACAUUUCAUAACGACUCAAAAACACCCCACUUUUAUCUUUUGGUGUCUGAUUUUGUCAUUUCUUUAAUUAUUAAUUAAACAUUGUGAAUUACCAAUUGUUCUUGAACGCCUCAUAAUGUAAUGUAAAAGCUGCCUUAACGUGACUGGAGUGAAUAACAGCGCCGUGUUUUUGGUAAAUACUGGCCUCAAAAUAAAGCUUUUGCACCAACGUGCACUCUGCUGGUCAUCUCUGCCUUACAUAGCGGCAACAUUAAACUCCAUCAAUAUUUUUAUAUGCGUCGUUAAACCCUUGUUCAGGUGUUAUUAUACAUCAUCCAGUCCGCUGAGAAAUUGUUUCAAACCAGUCUGUGGUGCAAAACCAGUUGGGGAGCAUUGAAUUAGUUUUCUCACGUGAGCGACGUUGAGUUGGAAUGGAAUGGAAUGCUAUUUAUUGUCAUUGCAACAACUGUGCAACGAAAUUACCGGGGUUUAAAGACGCCCAGGCAGCCUUCUAGUUGGCACCAGACCUAAUAAAC